GUAAAGACCCGCCAAGACAGUGUAUUUCCGCUACUGGACAGAUGGCCAUGUCUCUCUGCGGUGACACACUUAGCUGCAACUUCCCCAAGUGUCGGGCCAAGUUGACUGGGUUUGCCUGGGUCACGGCAUGCUCCCACGCUUUCUGUGAUCAGCAUGGCUCUAGUGAGUUUAGCCAUGCCCCCGCCAUCUGCCCAGCAUGCUCCUCCAUACUCUCUGGGAAGUUGGACAUUGUGAGGACGGAAAUGUCACCCUCCGAGGAGUAUAAGGCCAUGGUGCUGGCAGGUCUUCAGCCAGACAUAGUGCUGGACAUCAGCACCCGUGCUCUGGCCUUCUGGAGCUACCAGGUCUACCAGGAGCGUAUGUAUCAGGGUUACAAACUGUCCCGGGCUGAGGCUGAUAUAAAGAAGAUGGAGAAGGUUUUGACCCAGCAGCACCAGAGCAGGGAAAUGGAACUCAGCACCAUAAAGGGGGAGCUUGCCUCUCUGAAGAAGGUGACGGAGGAGUAUAAGAGGAAAUACAGCGAGGUGUCAGAGAGGCUGAUGGAGAGGAACCGGCAGUAUCAGAAACUGCAGGGGCUUUACGACUCACUGAGGCUGCGCAACAUGGUGGUGGGUGACACGGAAAGGGGCACACCACUGCAACAAGGAUAUGAGUUCCACACUGGGAUGGUCCACCCGGCCUCCCCCCAGGAGAACCUGCAGUUCUCCAACAUGGACCUGGAGGAGGAAGACCAACUGUUUUCCAGCCUGGAACCUGACAGAGCAGCACAGACCUUUUUCCAGUUCAGCUCCCCUGCCAAAGGCCAAGGCUGGCCCUACAAGAAGUAGCACUGAGCCAGGCUAAGUUGUUGUUCUUGUUCUUCUUCUUGU